AUUUAUUAAAUGAUAUUGGGGACAGAAGUAAAUGAGUUUGUGACUAAUCGUCAAUAGUCUAAAAUACAUUAUUUGUCUUAGGAGAACAAACUUCUCUAAGAUUAUAUUAGUGAUUUAGAGAAUGCACUAAAAUUAAAUAAAUAGGCAAUGUCAUUAGCAUUAGAUAACAGGAAAUGUCAAGUAAUAAUUUAUAUUUAAUAAUUAGUUAUAGCAAACAAAAGAUGGAAGUACUAUUUCAAAUGAGUAAAGUUCAUUUUCCGAUUUGAUCAAACAUUUGAAUGAGGAAAACAAGAAAUUGAUGGAGGCUUUGACAAAGUAAUAAAAAGUGAGUAGUCAGUUGCAAACUAAGAUACUUCUACAAGAAUAGAUAGCUGAAGAAUAAUCUAAUUAUUAUAAAGAUUUGAUUAGUGAUUUGGAAUAUAAGUUAAUUGAGUUGAAACGCAACAUUCACGAUAAGGAGUACGCAAUCCAAGAGUUAGAACGAAUGAAGCCAAUUUAAGAAAAAGAAGGAUAAUUAGUUAAACUGAUAGAAGUGGUAACACCUUCAGAAUAGAAUUUAAAAUUACAUGAAGAAUUAGAAAAUGUAAGAGGGGUUUUGCAGAAAAUCACAGCUGAAGCUUAAAGCAUAUCAGAAAGCAAUAAUGCUUUAAGAGAAGUCAAUUAUCAUUUGAAAAGAGAAAUAUUUAAAAUGAGAAUAGUACUGAGAAGUUAAGUGAACUAUUAGAAUAUGAAAGGUAAAUAUUAUUAAUAUUUCAAGAUUUCGUAUUUAACGAAUAUCUUGAGAAAACAGAUAAUAAUCUUGAUUUAAACAGGGAGUUAUAAAAUCAUAGAGGAAGACUAGAAUAAAUGCAUUAAGACUUGUAUGGUACAAGCAGUUUAGGCUAUGGAUUUUCUCCUGAACCAUAACAAUUGAAAUAUUUGAGCAAAAAUGAAAGGAUGAUUUAUCAAGAAAAAUUACAUAAGAUGGAAAUGAUGGUAAAAGGAUUCAAGGAAUUGUUUGAGAAAGAAAAAAACAGCAAUCUGAAUAUUAGCAAAUUAUAUAAUGAAUUAGUUAAGAAGUAUGAUCAAAUUUAAGAUACUAAUGAAUUAUUGAUCCGUUCUAAUCAACUCAAAGAUUAAAAAAAUGAAUAAUUGAUGGCAGAAUUACAAUUUUAUAAAAAAUAGAAUCAAAAUUUUAUGGAACAACUUAAAACUAGAAAAUAAUUCAAUUCUAUUACUUUAAAUCAAGAAUAAGACAUAGCUGUUGGUAUAUUCAGUCCAAGAUUUAAUUAAAAUAAUGAGCGAGUCAAUACCUAACCAUCUUAUUUUGUUAGACAAUCUUAAUAACUAUCAAAUGCUGAUGUGAAACUUGAUGAUACAGAACCAAAAGAAAAUAUAUCUCUCUAACUAAAUAAUUCUAAUUAAAAGUAACCCUAAAAAGCUGUUCCUUAAUUUAAGAUGAAGAAACUUUAAUUAAAAGAAUUAUAAAUCAAUAAUGAUGAAAAUUUUGAAUAAGCUCCUUAUUGUUAAACUGCAAGAGCUGAUUCUAAACCACUUGUUAAAAAUUAAAUUGAAUUCAAGAAAGCCUAAUAUUAUGAUAUGACUAGAGAAGAAUGUGUCAAUUUCAUUAUGUCUAUGUCUAGUGAAUUCUUCUAACAUUUUGAUGUAUGAUAUUAUCUAAAUUUUAGAUAAGUAACAUAAAAAAAAAAUAGUUAAUUAAACAAAUGGAGGAUCCUCUUUCAUAAAUAAAAAGACCAAAAAGAUCUUACAGUAAUCCAUUUUCUUACUUUUCAAAUGAGAGUCAGGUCGCAUUUUCGAAACCUCCCAAAUAAUCAGUUGUUGCUAUUGUAAUUAUUUAUCAUAUUAAACUUAAGACAAAAAAUGAAAUCUAGCAAUUAUUAGUUGAAUUAACAUGCAAAAAAAAAUAAUAAUCUGAACAGUUUGAUUUAUUCAGUGUUGACGUAUCUUAAAUUGAUGGUAAUAAGAACAAGAAAUAAAUGCUUGAUUAAGAUAUUAGUUUUAUUUCAAAUAUCGAUUAACAAGAUUGA